AUGGCCGCAUCUAUUCUGGAGGUAGGGAAUUUCAUUGAAGAAGCGCGCUAUGGCUCCAGUCCUCUGGCUAUGUUAACCGCUACCUGCAACAAGUUUGGCAGCACCAGUCCAGUCACAGACUCUGCGACACCCGGUAAGAACGGCGGCACCACUCCACUCAAGAAGCCCUACGACAUGACUUCCGACCUUCAGGCGGCCAAGAAUGCGCGCACCGCCGAUGGCAGCGGCCUGGCGGACUCCUACAGCGGCUCCUUCACCACAGCCGGGGGCGGCGGACUGCUCACUCCGACCGGAAGCCCCCCUCCUACGACCGGAGGCUACGCGGCAGAGUACAACCCUUUCACCCACUCCUUUCAAACUUCUGUCUCCCAGGACCCGUCCUUGUUAGUGUCCAAAACCCAUGCAACGGCAGACUGCCUCACCAGCGUCUACACCUCCUUGGACAUGACGCACCCUUACGGCUCAUGGUACAAAGCUGGUAUCCAUCCAGGUAUAACGGCUGCGCCGGCUAACGCCACAUCUUCUUGGUGGGACGUCCACCCAAAUUCCAACUGGCUGUCGGCGACCCAGCCUCAGUCGGAUGGAGGACUCCAGGCAUCGCUCCAGCCUGUGGCAUCGCAAGCUUCCCUUAGCCCCCAGCUGCCUAGUUACAGCACCGAUUUUACCACCUUGAACCCUGCUCCCUACCCUUCCGUGGGACUGGGCUCUUCCUCACACCUCCUCCAGCAGUCCCAGCACAUGCUGCCCCAGGACAUGUACAAGCCCAAGCCUGUGCAAAGUGCGGGGCUGAUGGAGAGUCCAAUGGGCUUGAAGCCAACCAGGGGAUCAGGUGGCUACGGCACAGGUUCAACACCCUCAAGGUCCUCAUGCGACUGUCCCAACUGCCAAGAGCUGGAGCGCCUGGGGGCCUCGGCUGCCUCCCUGAGGAAGAAGCCAGUGCACAGCUGUCACAUCCCAGGCUGCGGUAAGGUGUACGGCAAGGCGUCUCACCUCAAAGCCCACCUGCGCUGGCACACCGGCGAGAGGCCGUUCGUGUGCAACUGGCUGUUCUGCGGAAAACGCUUCACCCGCUCAGAUGAACUGGAGCGCCACGUGCGCACCCACACGCGGGAAAAGAAAUUCACCUGCCUGCUAUGCAACAAGCGUUUCACACGCAGUGACCACCUCUCCAAGCACCAGAAGACCCACUCUGAAUCUGCGCUACAGGGAAAAACCACGACCGGAGAGGGUGAAGUGGACCACCGGAGCGAGGAGACAGCAGAGAUCAACGCCGGCAACGGAGAGCCAAUCACUAAUGGAGACGAAAAGACGGGUGUUCCUUCUGGAGUGGAGAACAGCAGUGGACUGUUAGAGAUCUAA